GAUCUACCUGUAUCUUGUCCACUUUCCUUCCUCCUUGGGACCACAGAGGCAGCCACAUAUAUUUCUUACCUAAACAUUACCACCACUUAUGACUUCCAUACCUCUUAAGUGUACAAGACAUCAACAACACUUGGCUUAUGAAUUUUACAAGUAUUCUACAGAUUUAAAUAUGCUACCUAACUUUGACCUAUUUAUAGAAAAGGUAUUGAAUAGAUUAAUAAACAAUCUCAUGGUAGUACUGUAGUUAAUGUACUGAAUAACACUACAGGAACGCGUGUCUUUCACCCCUCAUGUCCUGGGUUCGAUCCUUGGUCCGGGAUAUAUGAGAGCGUGUUGUGACUGUACCAAACAUGACUGGUGUUCUCAAGGUAUAGUUGUGGGGGGUUCCUCUACUCAACGCUUGUAACCAUGCUGCCUUCCCAGCACCAAGCUGCAUUGUACAUCCAAUACAACAUGUAUAUAGAGAGUACAUGGUGAGUUUCCUUUCUCCAUCCCAUCCUGAGUGUGAACCAAACAUAUCAUACCCCACAAGCCCCCGCUCGGGGGCUAGUUUAUUGGGCACAUCCUUACAUCCUGUGCAACGCAAAAGCCUUUAUACAAUUAUUAUGAAAAAACACAGGAAGAAUAGAGGUCAACAUAGACUAAAGGUUACGGAAUGCGUUUCAACGCAUGUAUUAUUGACUCAUUGGAUGGAAUAUAAAGAAAACACCACUAAAUUGGUUCAGAAUUGCAGUUUUGUAAUUAUGAAUAAUGAAGUGAAGGCAUUCUUUUUUAUAGUAAGGUACCGGAAAACUCUAUCUGUAUAUAGCACACUGGCACCCUGUCCCUCAAGAGUCAGUCUAGGCGAGUAUUGGAGCAGCAGGACGUGUGGCUGGUGGAGGCUCUGUUACAUCACCACAGUUCACUCCAGAGAAGCCCAUCCACCUUACAGUGUAUCAUACAAGUUAAUUAAAUACACGAUCUAUUGAUUAAGACGAGGCAACAGUGACCAACCAUCAUGGCUUGUGGUGUGCAAGUCGGGGUGGGUAUCGGCAGACACGAUGGCCUGCCACACAAACAACCCCACACCUUAAUACAGAGGAUGAAAAGACACAAGAAAGACUCCGGGAUCAAAGUUCCUUUACGGCGGGAACAUUCCAAACAGAUGUGCAUCGGUGUGGAGACGUGGAUCCCCGCAGCCAUGGUGACCCCCGACCCAGCGCUGGAGGAGGAUGUGGAGGUGGAUCUUGGGGAAAAAGUCACCGAUGCUCGACUCUACGACCUGCCGGAGGAGGUUGGUGAUGGCCAGGAGAAGAUACACACCCUGUUACACAUGCCCACCAAACUGCCUAAGGGAUCCCUGGGUCCUGCUCCCUCCUCUACCACCCUCAACAUCCUCAUGGUUGAUGUGUCAGGCUCCAUGGAGCCAUUUUGGAAAAGUGUGGUUCAGUAUUGGAACCAGUAUGUGGCACCCACACUGAUGGGUCACACCAACAUCUAUGUGUUCAGCACGCAGGUUAUUUUCCGUAGGUCGGGCGUGAACUUGCACCCUCAAGAUUUUUUGGGUGGUGGUACAGACUUUAUUGGUGCCCUACAAACUGUGGUCAGUGAUGUGUAUCAGUGUAAGGAGAGGUACGUGAAGGUGUUCCUCGUCACGGACGGUCACCACACAGUCUCUAAGGCAACACCAGAGACUAUUAUUGAGAAAAUACAGUGUGCAAGAGGCAAGGUGUGUGAUGUUUAUAUCCUGGGUAUAGGGGAAGAUUUUCCCGUGCAGCACAGCGUUGACAUUCGUUCUAGGUUACAUAAUGGCAAUUCCAACCUUCCAUAUCUGUUUGCAGCCAAAACCCUAAAUGACCUUAAGGAACAAAUGGUAACCAUCAGCAAAACAAGUUCCCAAAUUAGUGACCAGGUUGUAAAAGUGUCUGUGAAGGGAGCAACUCUACCUGGGACAGAUAUGAAUGACACUUUCUACCUGGGAGAGUGGGUGUACUGCUCCUGUGAACCACAACAAGCGGAACACCUCACCUUCUGGCACGGCUCACGCACUUUUAGCACCACCCUUGAGCGGCAGCCCAUGUUGUUAUCUGACCUGGAAGAUGUUUUCUGCCAGUGGAAUUCAUUGAUUAUCCAGCGCCACAGGAUGGGGGAGACUGUUCCACCGGACAUCCUCGCCUUAAAGGAACGUAUCUUUACCGCCUUAUCAAGGAAGCGCUUGAAGGAUAACGACAACGGCAUUCACAACCGCCUCGACCGCAAACUAUUCAAGACCCACAUGACCAAUUUCAGAACAUCCAUAAAAAAUAUGAAGGCCAUCUUGGAAACUAAAACUUUCAAGGAUGAACAAGAGUUGGCUGACAAAGUACUUUAUACCACUCUCCGUGCAGGCAAGUACGAGGCCAGAGUGUUCCAUCUUAAGGGCCACACAAACGAGGAGUUUGUCAAAGAUUCUGAGGAAUUCUUGAAGGUGUUCAGCGCUCACAAGGAAAGUAUUCAGAAGAUUGAAACCUUACCAGAGGACUGUUGCCGUAUCACCCUCACCUCCACUGUGGCGGACCUCCAGGAUUUGGACUUCCCCGACUUGAUCCAGUUGGGCAAAUUUGAGUUCUUGAAACAGUUUACCAUUACAGGGAUCCCAGUGUUUGCCCCCAAGAGGGACACCGUAGCUAUCAACCCCUGGUCAUACACUGUCCAGUCUAUGCUCACCUCACCCUACACCAUCCUUAGUCAGGUGGCACUGGAAUCCUUUGCUGAAACUAGUCCUCCCGGUGAAUGCCACAAGGAUGUCAAGGCCAAGUGGGAUGAAGAAAAAACUCGCUUUAAUGCCAUUGUUCCAGUCUUCCCUCCUAAUGCUGCAAAAAUCAUGGAACCACUUGUCCACACCCGGCUGUUUGCCAUGUGUGUCACCUUUGCCAUCCUCAAAAAUCCCCACAUCAUUGAUUUUAAUGUUCACUUGGCUUCCUUAGCUGUUGUGUGGACAAGGAUACUGUUUGAAUAUCCAGCCCAACCAAGACCCGAGUUUGUGCGCCUGCGUGUGGAGAGCAUUGAAGCCACUGCUGCCUUGUACAUCAAUCGGCCAAGAUACACCAAGUACUGGCAGGUACUGAGAGACAACACUGCUCAGGCGCUGAUGACCGAGAGCACCGUGAAGGUUGACGACAAGACCCUCAAGUGCGAGUCCCUCAUUAAGCCCAUGUUUGUCCUCCAUAUGAACCAGCUUCAAGGAGCCACCCAGGAUGUGGGUGUGGCAGCUAAUGUGGUGAAGAUGAUUCUGCUGGAAUUUUUUGGUCGCUGCCUCACAAAUUACAAGGCUAACGAUAAGGAAGCUAUGCCCUUCACACAGUUGUUCACAGAAAAACUUGAUGACAGAGAUGAUAAAGAUUAUGUUCUUCAGUUUAUAGAUAAUGCCAGAAAGAAUGCAGUUUCAUCUUCCACUGAUCUCCUGAGGGAAUUCUAUACCUAUGAAGAUAUCAAGAAAAAAGUGAAACAGAUAGUGAGCAAACAGAUGAAUGAGAUGAAGGAGAAGUUGACAGCAGACAUAACCAUCAAGAUGAAAAUGGAGAAGGUCGUGACUCUACGUAAUGUGUCGAGCGCUGGAGAUGUGUCGUGGAACACUCUGAAAACCUUUGCCAGGGAGGUGGGGCUUACGGAGGACGUCAUUGAUGACUUGUUCAGCGAACGAAGCGUGUUUAUUUAUGUUGCUCAUGCUCUACGCUACAGGGCUUCACGAAAUAGACUGGCUGCCUCUAUUGCGGACUAUGAUAACAGCCUGACUAUGGUCACUAAACGCAUCCAAAAUGAAAGAUUUAGAUUCCUGAGUAAGGAUUUAUCUAUCUGUAAGAAACUCACACAUAUUUUUGAAACUGCGUGGCUGGAUGCAUAUACAUCUGCCCACAAUGUGGUGGUGCUGCCAAUGACUCCACAAGAGAUAGUAAGCCAAGCAAGACAGAAAGGAAUAGAUGUGACAGAGGCCACCUUUGAGCAGGUGUACAAGAGGUACCGUUCUGAUGUUGGCUUGCUGGGUAAUGCGUGCCAGAUUCCAGCUUGUCCCUUCUACCUGGUCCCGUGCAAAAGGUUUAACCAGCACACGUCGGUGGAACGCUGCCAAGCUGGGGUCUUCCUUCACGCCUUCCAUCGCUUGGCCUAUGAGGACAGACAUGAAAAUUUGGACACUGCCCUCCGACACUUUACGUUAGGAACAUAUGUCAAGAACCAGAAGCCACUAUCACCCAGUGUCAUAUCCUCCUUCAAGGGGGAACUGGAGCACCUGCAGCUGAAGUAUAGGAUGACUUCACUAUAACCUGGGUAACUCUCGGGGUUUUCAUAUACUGUACUGCGCUUUAUUAGUGUUUUGUGUUUGACAUCAUACGAUCUCCCUGUAAUUGUUUUUGUCACAUUUCUCUGUUUAUCUUCUACAGUGGGAUUUAAGUGUUGAUAUAGGUAAUAUAAUUAUACAGUACUGUACAUACUGUAAUGUAUAAUACGAGUACAGUACAGGUAUGUACACACUCCCCCAAAAAGUAUCGGCUCCCCUGGGCCUCACGUACAGUAUUUGGAAAUGAACACGGUAACACGUGCACAACAGUCUCGGGUCGGUUGGUAUUUCUGAUUGUGAGUUGCACCUGUCGUUCUUUCUUCUUGCACCCGAUAAUCACCGUGAUAUCUACAGUAUAUCAUCUAUUGUCUACAUAAUGUAAUGAAUUAGGAUUAAUUAUGAUACCAUAUACAAAACCAAUAACAUCAUGAGUAACCUUGUUGAGUUAUGCACCUUAGAUACUAUUUCAGCCCCAGGGGAUGGGUUGCCAAGUAGAAAUAUAAUGUUACUGUGUUUUCAUGAACCGAGGUUACAAUGGAAUCACUUUGGACAUAAUAUGAAACACUAUGAUCAGAUAUUACAUUAAUUUGUAAAUAUAGUAAUUACAGGUGUACAGAUUAAAAUGCCAUAUCCAGUUACAAUGACGUUGUUAUUUACUGCAUUUCAAUAUAAUUUCUACCUCAAUUGAUUAGGUAGCAAUUAUUACUGCAACAUAUCAUCUCAUGAUUGGUGCUGGCAACGGAACAUUAUCUGUUACACACUACGAGACCGUGUCGUCGAGCCCUCCCACGGGAUUGACAGUCACUAUGGAGGCAACACGAGGCAGUACCGUCACCCUUCACGACAUGAGCCUGAGGAACAAGGAGAUAGCUAAUAAUCAUUGAUUUAUAACCAUUGUUUACUCUUAUUGGGAAAGUGACAUUUCUCCAUGUCUGUCGGUGCAAUCUGUGCUUUCCAGUGAGUCUCGGGUACUAGUGUCGGCCGUGGAUUGUCAGCAGAAAACGCCCUCAAUUUGACUGCCGUUAUUUUUGUUACAUUAAUAUCAUUAUAUUACUCUACCAAAGAUGGAGCACGGUGAUUCACCAUAAUUACAACAAAUGCCAAAAACAAUAACUGGCAACCUCACAGAUACUAGGACGGCUGGCCUACCAACAUAAUGCAGGAAUCACAGUUAGUGAGCGGAAAUAUUUGUCCUUUGUGACAUUGUAUCGGUGAGAAAAGGGGCCGAUACUUUUUGGGAGAGUGUACCUAUAGACAGUACUGUAGUACAUGUUGGUAACACUGUUUCUUGCUCCAUCAGCCAAGUUAAGCAACAUUGGGUCUGUUUAUUUAUGAUGUCAUUAACAGUGUCAUUUCCUUACCCUAGCAGGAGUAAAUGUGAAAGUUUGUUGAUAAAUGUAGCAAGUAUUACAUUCAGGGACAGAUCCAGGAAUAUCAAAAGGGGGCUCAAGAAGUUUUGGGUGGGUGAACAUGGCGAGCAAAGCAAGCCCACUCGGCUUCAAAAUGGCCUCAGAAUGGCCAUGAUAUUGAUCAUAUUUAAAAAAAAAAAAAUGGGGAGUGGGGCUGACAAUGCUCCCCCUCCCCCACACACACACACCUCAACUGGGUGGGCUCGCUAUGCUCGCCCUGUUCCCCCACCCACAACUGUUUUGGACCCCCCUUUUGAGAUUCCUGGAUCUGCCCUUGUUUUGGGGGUAGGUAAUGAUAUAAAUUUUGGUGGGUUGGCCCACGACUAAGAAAAGGUCGCCCUUGCCUGCCGUACAGGUGUGUAGAUACUGUACUGUAUACCAUGACUCUUGUUCCAGGUGUGGAUGUCUGAUAUUCCACCAGGUAACAUAACUUGUGGAAUAUCAGGGAACCUCAUCUGUUUGUCACCUUACUGUGCCAGCUGGUGAGUCUGUAAGUAAUUGCUCUUACACUUGAUGGACAAGCUGCUGUGUUUGCCUCUAGUCACAAGCACCAAAGCACCGUUUGAGUUUAUAUAUAGCAGGCAUGUAUCCCACCAACCGCCACCUUAUCAACUGUUUAAGAGUAUUUAUAGUACAAUACUUUGUGUCCACAUAAACACAAUGGCUUUAUUAUUUAUUUAUUAAAAUAUUUGUACAUUGUUAUUAUAAUGACCAAAUGAACCAAUGAUUAUCGGAGGUAAUUUACAGAGCUCCUAUGAUACCAGCGAGAUAGAGGGGUUAAUGCCGCACAGUACCCGGGCACAUCCUCCGACAUUAGAGAAGAAAGUGAGGGGCUGCGUUUAGUUCUAGUUUGUUUGGUUAGCCCACAUUUAUACAAGUACUACUGUAUAUAUAUUGACACUGCCUCACAUAAUACUUGGGUGUGGAUUCUAAUUUUGGGUUUGUAGGAAAACAUUAUUAUAUUAUUCGGUAGUUUUUGUAGGGGAGGAAACACUUUUUUAAUGAACUAUUCCUACAGAGAGCAUUCUUAUUACUGUAUACACUUAUUAUAAUGUACUGAACUGCAACAAUGUUCAGGUUAACAUUUACUGUAUGAAAAAAUAAAAAUAUUGUGAAGGAAAAGCAAUACUGUAACUUACCUGCUGACAAGUAAGGUAGUAGGCAGCUAUCAAACAGGGAGGUACUACCGCCUGGGAAGAUAUUGGAAGCAUAAUGUAUUGUCUAAU